AUGUCAAAGCCAUCUCAAAUUGAACAUCAAUCAAUACGCAUCACAGCUGCUGGCCACGGUUCAGUGAAUGAACGCGUGUUACAGCCACGCAACAUCAAAGAGGAGGCCCCUGGCUUUUCAUUCAACGAUAAUCAGGAUAUAUCAGAUAUGAAUGCAGAACCGAGGCAUGACGAGCCAGCUAGAUUUCUUGAUAAUUCUUCCUUCCUCGUGAUAGCCCCUAGUCGACAGGAGAUUGAAGAGGCAAAAGUAGCUAUCGAUAGCCAGGUGGCCCUUUGCGUCUCGCUAAAGGAAGAACGCGACACCCGUCAACGCGAGCUCGUCGAGUUGGAAGAAAGAAUCCAGGCAGAAGAAGCGAUACUGGUCAAUAGACGUGCGAAAAUCUCAGUUGCACGUCGCGUGCCUCUCGAGAUCCUCUCCAUGAUCAUCACGGCCUAUGUAGAGGACAACGCUGGUUCAGCAUUGGUCGCCAUGCUUGUUUCGCGAGCAUGGCAUCAGGCUACCCUUCUCGCCCGAGAGAUCUGGUCGUCCAUUUCUAUCAUUACUCCUGACGACGACACUUCCAGCGACGGCAGCGACCAGGAGGUCGAAACGUUCCGACAAUGCGCAUCCGAACCGCACCUGAGAUACAUGUUGAAGAUGGCCGACAGAUUCCCUUUGAAACUUAGAAUCAUCUGCAAUGAGGGUCACUUUGCCUCCGACCUCGGUCCUUCCGGAGAGCACGACUGCCAAGUCCACAGACUUCUCGAGUUAUUCAACAAGAUUUCAAAGAAGCCUCGCAUUCGCUCUAUAGAAAUACAAGAGUGUCAUCUGGCACACAACACGUUCGACACUUGGGACUUCUCGCCAUUGAUAACCCUCAGCGUCUUUGGAGAUCAUCGCAGACUCCUUGAAAGAAUCGGAAAAGAGGCUCUCAAUCUUGAUACGGUCGAUGUAUCAGGAGAAAAUUUCAUGUCUUUCAAAAGACCGGCAUCAUUGCUCCGCCUAAAUCGCUUGACCCUUAGAGGCAGCGUCCAGCCGUUGGCUCAGCAACAUCUCGUGACGUUUGGGUCUAUCACGACGCUUUCUCUUGAGCGCACGAAAUUCCAUGGUCCGACCAGGAUACUCCUCUCUCAGCUCCAGAAUUUGACUUUGGACCACGUCUCGCCCUUCUGGCCCCUCGACUGCCCAAAUUUGACGAAAUUGACCAUUAAAUCUGAAGAGGGCUGUGACUAUGACGAAGUCUUACAGCUUCCUCGCUUGAAGGGGCUCAUCUGCGUCGACGCGGUCAAGCCAUUAUUCCUCCGUAACUUCGAAGCUCCUUCUCUUGACAUACUAGAAAUUGCAACUGGCUGCAACAAAGGAACGACAUACGAACUUCUAAACUUGAUCUGGCCUACCAAAGCAGGUUCGAACCUAAAGCGCACUCCCAUCGAAGAUUUGCGACAAAAACUUGAUCCCAAAAUUCUCAAAAUACAUUACUUCUCUGCUAAUCACAAAGAUGCGGCCCGUAUUUUCGGCCGUCUUACACGCUGUGUCCACCUUCAUCUCAUCAAUCCAUACGGCAUCUCCACCGACCUCUUCGAGUCGAUCAGUCCCAAGUCGAGAGGCCGAAUCUGCCUUCCCGACCUCAAGGUCUUUGUUAUCAGGAGCUAUGGCGGAAAGCUAGAACCGUUUGUCGAAGCAGCGAAGGCAUUCUUGAAGCGUAGACGCGAGGCCGGUGCACCGUUGACUCGUUUCGCUUUUCUCCACGAUGAUGAGCUCCGCCUUCCAUCUGGUCAAAGAGUCCGCAGCUUGGUGAUCACCGAUGACAAGUGA